UAUGAUGGUUUAAUCUGCAAUUCAAUAAAAGAAUUUCACUUCAAACUUGAAUCUUUAAGAAGCUGCUACAGCUAUAAUGUAAGGUUAAGAAUUUAUUCUUUCAAAGCAGGUCUCAUCAACUCCUAAAUGCUACAUAUAUGAAGUAGAUAAAAACUGCAGCUUCUAUUUUGAUAGCAUUUAGGAUCUACAGAAGUGGUCUUUCAAUUAUUUGGAAUUUUAAAAAAUAGAGGUUACCUAGUAACAAUGCACCAGUAGCACACAAAAUACUCUGAUUUUGUUUAGUCUGUGGGAAAAAAAAUUCUUUAAAGAUUCUGUAAUCUUACAAGAUUACACUGGAAUUACUAUAGUUCAUUUUUCCCUCUAGGAGGGCAGCCAUUUCUCUAAUAAAAGUUUUGUAAAAGUUAACGCUCAGAUUUCAAAAUCCAAGCAGAUGUUGAUGAAGCAUACGAAACGGGCCACUCCAUUUCUAUUUCUGAGCCGCAGCGACUCUGACUUUGUGCCCCAGCCCUGUAGAGGGCAAAACCUCAUCCCUUUGGUGUAAAUUUUCAAGAGAAGUGGGACAGCACACUUUAGGCGUUUCACCAGGAGGCUGGCGACGUGCUAGGUCAGGUUGUCCGGAGAAUAGGGACUGGGUAGGAGAUAUUCUUGAGGGCAAGAGCCUCAGGGGCCUCCAGGCAUCGGGCUCGUGAAGGUUUCCAAGUGCCCCUAUCUGGCUGGUCCCGGGGGAAUUAGUGGUUGCUACAGUUAAAGAGGGCUGUGGUUUUUCGCACCCCGGGCGGCGAGAUGGCGCUUUGGUGUACGCGAGGUAAGGUGGGUGGGUGCACUGGGAUCUCCGCCCUCGGAGCCUCCGGCUGACUGCCACACGGGAGGGACGUGCGGCCAGACCGGCGACCUGCGACCUCCGCCCUCCCCCGCGGCGCCAGCCUCUGGAAUCUGGCGUCGCCCCCACCUCGCCAGUCGAAGUGGGAGUCCCGCUCGGCGGGGCCUCGCCGCCAUACCCAGGCCGAAUGGGGGUUGGGAGGGAAGUCGGCAGAGCUCGGCCUCAGCAUCCGCGCCCCUGUGGAAGGACGGCAGAGGAGAGCCGUUUGACCAGCCUCUCCUCUGCUGGGGUCUCGGGAAACACGCGGUGUCACUAGUUCCAGGCAUCUGCAGAAAUAUUUGAAACGGAAGAUGAUGGCCACUCCGAACCAGACUGCCUGUAAUGCGGAGUCACCAGCAGCCCUGGAGGAGGCCAAGACCUCUGGUGCCCCAGGGAGUCCCCAAACACCCCCUGAGCCUCAUGACUCUGGUGGUUCCCUGCCCCUGACACCCCGGGUAGAGAGCCACUCAGAGGAUGAAGAUCUUGCUGGGGCUGUUGGAGGCCUGGGCUGGAACAGUAGGAGUCCCUGGACCCGGAGCUCAGAGGGCUGCUCAGCAGAGGCCGUACUGGCCCGGAAGAAACACCGUCGGCGGCCGUCGAAGCGCAGACGGCACUGGCGGCCCUACCUGGAGCUGAGCUGGGCUGAGAAACAACAGCGGGAUGAGAGGCAGAGCCAGAGGGCGUCCCGGGUCCGAGAACAGAUGUUCGCCAAAGGCCAGCCCGUGGCCCCCUACAACACCACCCAGUUCCUGAUGAAUGACCGAGAUCCAGAAGAGCCCAACUUGGAUGUGCCCCCUGGGGUCUCCCACCCAGGUUCCAGUGGGGAGAGUGAGGCUGGGGACAGUGACGGGCGGGGCCGAGCGCACGGUGAGUUCCAGCAGAGGGACUUCUCUGAGGCUUACGAGCGCUUCCGCACCGAGAGCCUGCAUGGCCGCAGCAAGCAAGAGCUGGUGCGAGACUACCUGGAGCUGGAGAAGCGGCUGUCGCAGGCCGAGGAGGAGACCAGGAGGCUGCAGCAGCUGCAGGCAUGCACAGGCCAGCAGUCCUGCCGCCAGGUGGAGGAGCUGGCCGCUGAGGUCGAGAGGCUCCGGACCGAGAACCAGAGGCUUCGGCAGGAGAACCAGAUGUGGAACCGAGAGGGCUGCUGCUGUGACGAGGAGCCGGGUACUUAGGGGUGCCCUCAAGCCUGGUGGACACAAGGAGAAGGUCUUAUUUCAUGCACACUCAGGUCAGCUGGGUCUCAAGGAGGCAGGUGGCAGAUGAAAACCACCCUCAACACCCUGUGCCCCCUGAGAACAGCUAAAUCGAUUCAGACUCCCACCUCACCAUUUUCACAGUUGGUUCUUCCAUGUCAGCUUACUUUUACAGAGAAAUUAAAUGGUCUUGGUGGGACCAAAUGGC